GUUUCUACUUAUGGUGGUCUACUACGGAUUUACGCGAAUCCUGAUGAAAAAGAAGAACAGCGUGAAACGAGGAAACUUCAGGCUGAGGCCGAACGGGCUCGAGUGCGAGCUGAGAAAUUGAAAGAAAAGGCUUUUGAAGCGAAAGAGCUGUCUGAGAAGCUGAAAUUGAAGGUCGAAAAAGCGAAAAGAGCUGCCGAUCGAGCAGCUUCUCGGUCAGAUAGAGAAAAAUCGCGUUCGGCAUCGUCUAAGUGGUCUAAACUGACUGAGCAAUACAAAAUGGCCAAUCGCCGUUCAAGCAAGUUGCGAUCAUUGGUUGAGAAAGCUACCAAGCGUUACAAGAAACUACUACGAAAGGCGGAAAAGCCGGUAGAAAAAAAGCGCUGGGAACGGGUGAAGGAUGGUGGCAAGAAUCAUCGAGCAGAUGCAAAUGAAGCUGUUUUGGCCCUGCUUCGAAAGGAAAUGGCUCGAAUAAAAGAACGUACCGCCACUCGGACCUAUAUGUACGAGACAAAACCGCCG